AUGAAAAUAUUUUUAUUAUUUAUUCUUAUGUUAAUUAUUCGUAUUCCAUCAUCAUCCGAUGCAACAGUAUUAUUUUUUCAGAAAAAAUUAGAUAAACAAUCUCGUUUUCAUUCUAAUCAAGCACAAGAUAAUGCGAAAGUUAUGCCUGGAGCUGUUUGGACACAUUUUCAGUGUGAUUCGAAAAUAAGUCCAUUUAUUGGUGUUGGAUAUGGUUGUUAUUGUCCAGGUGCAUGGUGUUCAAAUAAUAAUCAAUGUUGUUCACAAAUGUGUUAUAAAAAAACUUGUUAUUAA